AUGUCCCCGUCCCUGCUGGUAGAAGACCAGACGUUGAACAGUAUCCAGGAAUUGCUGGAUGAGAUUGCAGAGUUCUCCGCGCAAGAUGAGGACUUCAUCAACUCGAACAUGCCCAUUCAGGAGAUUGUGUUCAGGACGAUGCUGUUGCGGGGCAACAAACCGAUCCUGUUGAGUGAACUGCACCACGAAAUUACGGAGCGGUGGGCCACGCCGGUGCGUCCCAUCAACGUAUCCCUGAAGAAUCUGGAGCGGGUUCUGGACAGCGACAACUACUACGGGUUUGCGCAGGUGGAGUAG